AUCAACCAAAAACAACACAACAUGUCUCCCUCUUUCCGAACACCCCGUAACCAUAUCACGCCAUCGAGCAGCAGGGCAUCGAGCUCACCUACGGACGGCAUAAAACAAGUCGCGAGCUACCUGAAUAAUCUUUCAGACCUUCAAGUGAUGCAGCUGGCUGUUGGUCGCAAGGUCGGAUACAUCCCUGCGCCUGAAUAUCUGAAGAACCUGGUGGUUGUCUGCCUCGACGCAGAACAUUUCGCACACCCACCUCGCAUGCUGACCGAACUUGGGUUCGCUACUUAUUACCUUUCGGACGUGCGACAGGUCUGCAAGGAUCCAGGACCCCAUGGAGAAGAGAUCCUAAAGACCAUCUACCCCUACCAUUACCGGAUGAUUGAGUCCGCUCAGUUCAUCAAUCAUGCAUUUUUGCAUGGGGACCCAGAGAUGAGUCGUUUUGGAGAAACUCGAUUCGUUACCAAAGACGAGAUGAGCAGAGUACUGGACAUCAUCUUCGUCAACCCAGUUGACCCCAACGAUCUUUCCCGCGGAUACUGUCCUGUCCUCUGUCUCGGACAUGCGAUCAAAGGAGAUUUGAAGAUGCUGGAAGACGAAUUCGAUUUCAAGUGGAAGGAUUACGGAACGAUCGUGAGGACCCUCGACACGCAAGUCUUUGCUCGUGAAAAAGGCUUGUCCCAGAAGCAGAUCAGCCUCAAGAAUCUCUGCACUGCUUGCGGUUUCACGGCUGUCAAUUCUCACACCGCGCUCAACGAUGCCAUGUACACGUUGAUCGCAGCCGUGCAGAUGGCGUUGACCCGCGACCAUGACAUGAACGCGACACGUCCAGAUACUGACUCCAAACCCAGCGGCAAGUCUCUGAAUAGAGUGAUCAAGAAUCUGAUAGAUCCGUCACGGGAAGUAUCGCUUGGGGUUGGUAUCAAGAAGUACUGUACGGCUUGCGGUAGGUAUAAUCACCGCAAGCCAGCAUGUACAGCCCCGAAGGAAUGUGCCAUCUGCUUGAAAGCAGAACGCUUCGAUUUCAUGAAAUCUCAUAUAACACAGUUGUGCCCAAUGUGGUAUCGGGAGACUUAG